AUGUACUGGAACAAGUUAUUGAAAUGGCACGUUCUUCGUGGACCGUUGGUGAGGCGUGUGGUGUUGACAGCCUUUGUGCUCGUCUUGCUUCUAAUCCUGCUCUGUGUGCUGCAAAUGGGCCGCGAGGUUCGCGUAAUCUCAAAUGGCGACGGAUGCAACCUCGCCGGACUCCCCCUCUUCGGAGCUUCUCCGGCGCCGUCGUCGUGCGAGGAGAGAGAGAACUUGACCAAAUCCGCUUUCCAAGAGCUGAUGGCGAACAACUUCCUGCAAUCCGAUGCAACAGUGUUGUGCGUGGGGGAGAGAUCGGCCGCGGCGGCGCUGGCACUGCGCCAUUUGGGAUUCUUCAACGCCUUUGCCGCGGAGCGCCGCCCUUUAUUCUCCCUUCUGAAGAGGAGAUUCGCGUAUGUGCUCGAUUUUGCCGAUCACCGUUUCGAUUUCGUGUUCUCGGAGGAUCUGGACAGGAUCCUCGUGCUGGAGAUGGAGCGCGUCCUCCGCCCCGGCGGGACUGGCUCCGUGCUCAUUGCUCGCGGGGCCCACUCGGCCGCCGCGCUCUUGAAGAGCUCCGAUGUCGUUCGCGUAUUCGGCGUCGGAGCCUCCACGAUGGUGGUGUUCAAGAAGAGGCUCGACAGUAGUUUCGCCUCAUUUGAUCACUUCCAGCUUCCAACUACUUGCCCUUGCGUUGAAAACAACAAGCCAUUCAUGAAUCAUAUCGAGCCUCUCACGGGCAGGAACUCGGGCAAGAUCGCUUACCUGCCCGACUCCAUGAAUAUCUCCUCGAGAAACAGACUGAUCUACAUAAACCUCGGAGCAGGGGAGUACGCGAGGAGCAGCAUUGCCAAAAUGUCGGAGGCAUAUUGCUCCGGCCACCAUGCCGCGUUCGAGGUUUACAUCAUUGAUCACAAGACCUCCGUCCUCUCGUCCUUUGUCAUGGAUUCCAGCAUCAAUUUUGUGUAUCAUCCGGGCCUCGCCGGAGAUGACUACGUUACUGCUGCUCCGGAUAUAAUUAGCUCCGACGAAUUCCUUACCGCGCCUGUGGAGGAGCAAGGCUUUGAUUUUGUGCCAUGGUUUAAGGAAACGGUGUCGGAUGGGGAUUUUGUUGUGCUCAUGAUGAAAGCGAACGUGGUGGAGCUGAACAUUCUUGUGGAGCUGUUCGAGUCCGGGGCGGUGUGCCAUGUGGACGAGGUGUUUCUCCGGUGCUCGGAUGCCGCAGACUGCGCGGGGACUGCGUGCAGGGAUUGCGUGAAUCUUCUCGAGAGUUUGAGGAAGAGUGGUGUUUAUGCUCAUCGGUGGUUGGGAGAUUGA